AUGGAGAUCAUGGCGCAGCUGGACAUCCCUGACAAGCUGGCCGCCGGCCCCAGGACAGCAGCCCAGGUUGCCGAGGAGGCCGGCUCCAACCCAGAAUUCACGCUGCGCCUGCUGCGCGCCGCUGUGGCCGGCGGCCUGCUGAGCGCUGAGCGCCAGGAGGGGGAGCUGCUCUUCAGCAACAACGCAGUCAGCGAGCACCUCACCACCAGCCACCCCGCGUCCAUGCGGGGGUUCGUGCGCCACUGGGCUGCCGACUGCUUCAGUGCAUGGGGCACCCUGGGGGAGACUGUGGUGGACGGCAGGCACAACUUCCCAAAGGCAAACAACGGGCAGGAAGUGUGGGACUACCUAGCGGAGCGCCCCGAGAACCAGGAGGACUUCAACGCGGGGAUGAAGUCCGUGGACGGCCUUGGGCUGGCCGCCCUCAUAGCAGACUUUGACUGGGAGCGCUUUGACCGCUACAUUGACGUUGGAGGCGCGUUUGGGUCGGUACUCAACGCCCUGCUCGUGCACAACCCCAAGGCCCACGGGGUCCUGUUUGAUCAGCCGCAUGUGGCCACCGCAGCCGAGGAGGGCUGGGCCGCACGUCAUAGCCACUACCCUGGCGGCGCAGUGCCCGCGGAGCGGGUCGACUUUGUGGGGGGCUCGUUCUUUGAUGCGUCAACGCUGCCCCAGGGCAAGCCGGGCGACGCGUUUGUGCUGCGCAACGUGCUGCACGACUGGUCUGACGAGGACAGCCUCAGCAUCCUCAAGGCCCUGCGCUCCGCCAUCGGGUCCAGUGGCGCGGCCCUGGUGCUCCUGGAGAUGUCACUGCUGGACGACGUGGGGGACCCCAUGGGCUUCGCCCGCUACCACAUGGACAUGCAUAUGAUGGCAAUGUGCCACGGCAAGGAGCGCACCAAGAAGCAGUGGGAGGCGCUGCUGUCUGCGGCUGGCUUCCAGCUGGUGGCCAUGCGCCCCACACGCAGCAUCUUCUGGGCGGUGGAGGCCAAGCCUGUAGAGGAUGCGGCCGAAGCAGCGGCAGCUCAGUGA